AUGGGUACUUUUGAAGUGGAUACCUUAUCUCCCCGUGUCACUCGUGCUCAGAAUCAUGACUUGCUUCGCCCUUUCGAGCCUGCUGAAGUGAAACAUGCUUUGUUCGCCAUGGGUAAAGACAAAUCGCCAGGACCGGAUGGAAUGAAUCCGGAGUUCUAUCAGUCUCUCUGGGAUCUCAUUGGUAAGGAAUUUACUGAUUUUGUUCUUGCAUGUUUAUCUCAAUCUUCUUUUCCCCCCGAAUUGAAUGAUGCCAAUAUUGUUCUGAUCCCGAAAAAGGCUGCCCCUGAGUUAGUUACUGAUUUGAGGCCUAUUGCUUUAUGCAAUGUUGUGUAUAAAGUAAUGGCUAAGAUGAUAGAUAACCGUAUGAAACCACUAUUGGAUGGUAUUGUCUCAGAGUCGCAUAGUGCUUUUCUUCCAAGUAGGCUUAUUUCGGAUAACAUCCUUAUUGCAUCUGAGGUAGGUCACUAUCUGAGAAGGAAACAGUUGGGCCAAGUGGGUUGGGCAGCCCUGAAGCUAGACAAGGCCAAAGCUUAUGACCGAAUGGAAUGGAGGUUUGUGGAACGUAUGUUGUUGGGGCUUGGUUUUGAUGCUAAAAGGGAUGCCCAGGCUAAAGGACAGAUCCAUGGCUGCAGGGUGGCACGUGGGGCCCCUCCCAUCUCUCAUCUCUUCUUUGCAGAUGACAGCCUACUGUUCUUCAAGGCUAACAUGCAGGAAACUAUGGAGGUGAAACGUUGUUUGGAAGUAUAUGAGCAAUACUCGGGCCAAUCUGUCAACUUUCAUAAGUCUAACAUUUCUUUCAGUCGAAAUACUGCGUUGUUAGAUAGGGAUGCUAUUGCCAUGGGUUUAGGGGUAGAGCAGGCGGAGGAUUUUGGAAAAUAUUUGGGGCUCCCCUCAGUUGUUGGUAGGAACAUGAAAUUUUUUUUUUCCUAUGUGGAGAAGAAACGGAGACAAAGAUUUGGUUCGUGGAAUAAGAGGCUGCUUUCUAUGGCAGGUAAAGAGAUUGAUGAACAGAUAUUGGUGGGGAAAGAGUACCAUAGUGGAUGGGAUACAUUGGAUGGCCUGGGAAAGGAUGCAAGAUAUUAUCGUGAUACUACCUUCUAUGAGGCCUCCUUGGGUGGUAAUCCGAGUUAUGUAUGGAGGAGCAUUAUGGUAAGUCAGAACCUGAUUCGCAGUGGUUGCAGGCGCAGGAUUGGUAAUGGUAGAACAACCAAGGGGAGAUGGAGCCAUGAGUUGGUUUCUCAGUUGUUUGAUCCCAGGGAUGCUGAAUUAAUAUUACAAAUCCCUGUGAGUAUUAAUUUCAAGGAUGACUGGUUUUGGAAAGGGGAUAUCAGGGGACAAUAUACGGUUAAAGAUGGCUAUAGAUGCCAAGGGGAGUUGAGCACCACCCCAGACGCAGUAUGGAACAACAUUUGGAAGCUUAGGGUCCCUCCCAAGUGGAGGAUUUUUCUAUGGAAGGCCCUUUCUAAUAUUUUGCCAACUAUUACCAAUUUGGUUAGAAGGAGAGUAGAGAUUCCUAAUAUUUGCCCGGCUUGUGGAGAUUAUGAGGAGGAUAUUAUGCAUAUUUUAUGCACUUGUAUUUAUGCUAGACGUGUGUGGAAUGUUUCACGUCUUCUUAUCCCUAAUGUUGAUGGUUAUGAUUUUAUGCAGUGGGUGGAGGCUUGGUUGGGAAGCUCAGCAAUAUCUGCUGGGUUUCUAAAAGAACAAAUAUGUGGAAUACUCUACGAAAUUUGGAGAGCUCGGAAUAUGGCUGUUUGGAAUUCUCUUCUACCGACCCCCUCGCACCUUUGUCAUGCCUUUCACGGUAUUUGGACUGCCUGGUCGUUAAUCAACUCGCCGGCUGCGACAGUCGUUCCGGAUGCUCCACCCGAACCGGCUGCUCCCCUCGAUCCGGCGGCUCCUCUUGUUCCGCCUGCUUCCUUACUGCCGCCAGUACCGGAAGUGUCAACGUCGCUGCCGCUGGGUGUAGUAAGCUGCUACGCCGAUGCCGGAUUCCACGGCACGUCCCCGUCAUUUGGUUUUUAUGUAUGCAGUGCACAAGGUGGCUUUUUGGCGGCUGCUAACGGACCGCUUAUAUGCCCGUAUGAUCCCCUCCUAGCUGAAGCAAUGGCAAUAUGA